AUGUCCUUGCGACGUGAAAGCACCCAAAAGCGGCCAGUCGGCGCGAGCGAUCGAGUCAGAAAAUAUGACGAUGUUCAGCAAGGCCUGAAAGUGGUAUAUCCGGCUGAAAAUGAUAACCAAAAAUCAAGCAUUGAUAUUGUCUUUGUCCCUGGACUGGCAGCUCAUCCGUUAGAAAGUUGGAAAGCAACCAAAGGUGACUGGAAUUGGAUGGAAAGUCCAGACGGAAUUCGUGCAAAUUUCCCAAAAGCACGAAUUCUCUUGUUCAUGUACGAGUCUGCAUGGCAAGGUCGACUCAAAAUUCCAUUUCAAUCCAUGGAAAAUAUAUCCAUGACGCUUCUCUGUGCUCUCAAAGCCAAACGAGAAAAGUGUAAACAGAGACCGAUUGUCUUCAUUGGCCAUAGCAUGGGUGGCUUGGUGAUUGCUAAAGCCAUCACAAUGAUGAACGCGCAGCAAGAGAACUUCCCAGUCAUGUUGGAGGCCACCUCGGCCGCAGUGUUCUUUGGCACGCCUUUCAAAGGAGCUCCGGCCGCCGCUUGGGGAUCCAUGUUUGCCUACUAUGCAGAAAAGUUCAACAAGGCCCACCAAUCACAAUUAAUGGACAUGUUGAAACCCGGUAACAGCGCACUUCAAGAAUUAAGAGACGAGUUCAGACGAGUUGCUGCCAAGACAGAGUAUAGAAUCGAACUCUUGUGCUUUUGGGAAGAGCAGACUACAGACUUGGCCGAAAUGGCCCGCCUACCCGAUCCCUUUGGUCUCGCCAAGCGCUACACACCCAAGGACAUUGCAGAGUUUGUCAGUCGGGACUCUGCAAUAUUUGAGGGUGACGUGCCAAAUCAAGGUCUAGCAAGCAACCACAGAAACCUUGUCAAGUUUGAUAGCGCCAAAGAUCUACGGUGGAACAUGGUCGAAGGUCGUUUGAAACGGAUAAUUCACGGUGCCAAGAAGACAGCGAAAAAUCGAUUGGGUUCCGCACGCGGUAUAGAUUGGCCUGCUUUCAAGAGUGUAAGGGGUGCGCUUGAUGGUACACGACUACAGCCUGACAGCAUCCGAAAAGGGCUGACCAAGAGGCUCAAGGAAUCGGCUCUUAUUUCUCAGGAGCCUGACUAUGUCGAAUGGCUCGCAAAUGUUGAGAAGACGGAGACGGACGAAAGUGAAGCCGCAAAGGUCGACGGGCUCUGGAUCCGGGCCCCAGAGGGCAGGGGCAAGACAGGUGCUAUGCUCGCCGCUCUGUCUGACGUGGAGAAUCUUGUUGAGAAACAAGAGGACGGUGAACCAGUUCUGUUUGCGUACUUCUUGUGCGUCGCAGGAACGGACUACUGCUCCGCCGAGGAUUGUCUCAAAUCCAUAAUUUGGCAACUCAUUGAUCAGCAAAAAGUCCUGGCGACCCACGCCAAAGACUUUGUCAAGGAGAAGGUCAAGAAUGGAGGGGCGCCCAAGUCACGCGCGACGCCUAGUGUGGAGAACCUGUGGAAGGCAUUACAAGGCAUUCUUGCCGAUGAGUUUACAGGCAACCGUGUCUACAUUGUCUUGAGCAACCUGCACCUGCUUCCAGAGGACUCUGAUUCCACACUCAAGCUAUUGAACUUAUUGAGUCUUGAGCUUGAUGACGGUCAAAUCAUGGUACCUGGCCGGAUCAUGGCAAAAUGGCUCAUUACAAGCCGUCCAACAUACGCAAUCCAAAAAGCCCUAAGUCUCGAGCGCCUUCGAGUCAUCAACCUAGAAGACCAAAGGUUUGGCAGCCAAUUCGCAAAAUCACUGCAGAUACACGCCAGAAGUAAGGUGGGCCAGCUGAAAGACACCAAGAAGUACAACAACGCUCUUGCUUGGUUUGCUCAUAGCCUGAUCGGUGAAAGGGCGCAGAACAUAUCCUGGAUAGACAUUGCCUGUCUCCAACUCGAAGAGCUACCCGAGGCUGAAAGUGAUGUCCGAGUGCGGAGAGUUCUCGAAGAGACGCCAAAUGAGCUCAGUGCUUUACUCAAGAACGCGUGGCUUCGAAUUUUUAGAUUGUCAGGAGAGCAGAGGGAAAAUAUCGAGGAGAUGCUUCGAGCUCUCAUACUUACCAUCGAGGAGCCGACCCUAGCUGAACUUGCUGUCUUGUGCUAUGGAUCUGAAUACCAUGACCAAGAAAUCAGGGAGUUGAUUGAAAUGUGCAGGCCACUUGUACUCAUGAAAGACAAGGUGGGCUUCAUGAAUAGUGCAGUGAAGCAACACCUCGUCGACAGUUGUGAAGAGUUGCUUGGACUAUCAGCUCAGGAAACAGCGAGACAACAUGGUCUCCUGUCAUUAAGAUCAUUGGCGUACUUGAAAGACAAGUUCGGCUUUCCAGAAACAGAGCAUCCACUUCCUUCCGAAGAUCUUGAUGCGGAAGAUCAAGGCUCAGAAGCUGGCAUUGCAAGUAAUACCGACAGUGAUGACGACAAUGAUUCGGACGAUGGAACAGAGUCUGAGGCGGAUAGUCAAGGCUAUGAUAAUGAAGAUACCUCAACCGAAGACAAUGAGGAUUCAGAGGAAUAUGAAUCAGAUUCUGAUUCAGACCCAGAAGCUCAGCAUCUCAAAGAAAAGGGAGCACUACCAUACAUGGUCAGGAAUUGGCUACAUCAUGGCAGUAGAGCAACCAUUGGAUUUGCCGACGAUCUCGGCCUUGACGAUGAAUUUUGGAAAGUCGGGUCACUCGUGAGACGCCGGUGGAUGGCAGAAUACGAUAGGCACACGACAGAUUUCAAGUACAACGAUACUAGGAGUAUGAAUGCACUCCAUGUCGUUGCAGCAAUAGGAUUUCGACGCUUGCUCACGGUACUUAUUGAGAAUGGACACCAAGACGAAUUGGAUGUUCCCGACAAAUGGUCUUUCACUCCACUUUGUUUAGCCUGCAUGUUUGGCCAUGCAGAUAUGGUUGAAGAGUUGCUCCAUAGGAAAGCAGAGAUCAACGCUAACGAGAAAGAGAUGGCUGAUACGCCUCUCCAUUUGGCUGCGGAGAAUGGUCAUAUCGGAGUUAUGAAAAAGCUCAUUCUCCAGGGCGCGAGCCUAAACGCAUUCAGCGAAUAUUCAGGACUUGUGCUCAACUCGGCAAUCUCCUCAGGAAAUCUAGCCACCAUAGAGCUUCUAGUGCAUCACGGUGUCAAGUUGUCAAUUGACCGCGAUGGUAUCGAGACACCACUUGCACAAGCUGCUUCCCUAUCAGAUGUGUCCAUGCUGGAGUACCUGAUGAAAGAAUAUGCAGACCAGCUUGCGCCUGAAGAAUACAGCAGAGCAUUGGUUGCUGCCGCUAAAGUGGGAAGCCUCGAAGUAUUGAACAAGCUCCUGCCUUUCGAACAUGGCGACGAUGACUAUCAAGCCGCCCUAGACAUGGCUGCAAAAAAGGGUUACUGGGAAAUCACAAAGAUUCUCCUUGAGAAGAGGAGAAAUCUCAACUGCGACGAAGUCUUUUACAAAGCUGUCACGAGGACAAAGGACUUGGAGGUUCUGGAAGCUCUUUGGGAAUACACAAGCGGUAACAUCUCUGCUGAAAAAAUCGAUCAGUCUCUGUACAAGGUCACGGACAACAAGAAAAUUGACAGAGUCCGGCUAUUGUUGGAUAGGUUCGGUGCCGACGCUAAUGCCCAGGGUGAUCGAUAUGGCAAUGCUCUCACCGCUUCAGCAUAUGACGGAACGCUUGAUAUUCUGAAAUUAUUGCUUGAUCACGGCGCAGAUGUCAAUUCCGAUAAAGGCUGGGCAUUGCAAGCAGCCGCAACAGAGGGGCAUAUUAAGAUUGUAAAUGAACUAUUGUCCCGAGGUGCCAAGGUCGAUGCGAGAACAGAAAACCCAGGAUUUCCGCAACAGACGGCCCUCCAAGGAGCGUGUGAGUAUGGGCACACAGAGAUAGUCGACAUUUUACUAGAGCACGGCGCCGACCCGAACCUGGGAGGGGGAGAAGAUUGUUAUCCUAUCAUCGCAGCGGCAGACAACUGCGAGAUUGAGAUCAUUGGCAAGCUCAUUUCUGCCAACGCCAAUGUCAACGUCGUUCGCGGCAAGGAUGGAGAUACCGCCCUAAUCAUUACCGCAAAAGGAAUUGCGAGCCUAGAGCCUCUGGAACAACUCCUUGAAGCUGGUGCAGAAAUCGAUGCCACGAAUAACAAUGGCGACACGGCUCUUAUUGCAGCUGCGGCCUCAACCGAUGACGAGUUUGUCAACUUCUUGCUAGCCAAGGGCGCUGAUGUUAUGCAUACAAACAAUGAUGGGCUGAAUGCUCUGCAGAUAGCCUCAAAAAAGGACGACCCCGAGGACACUUUGAGCGUUCUGAUCAAGCAUACAUCCACCAUACUGUCGGGCAUCAGGAAGGAAAUGGGCGAUGGCCACCAUAGGAUCAUCAGUGUCGUUAAUGAAGCUAGGGCUGUGGCUCAGCAGGACAAUAUGAGAGACCACAAUUCACGAGUGGAAUCAAGUCGUGAACAAAAGGAGCCCGAGACUGAUCUGAAAUUGUCCGAUACCAAAGAGAAUGGGUCCAAACCAGAAGAUGAAUUCCCCAUGUCCCUAUCUGCAAACACCACUGAUCCGCUGAUACCCACCAAUCAGACGAUCUUUGAAGAGAAUUUAUGGCCAGUCGACAACAUUCGCCAUGAGAUUGAAACAUCAAACAUGCCUCAGCAAGAUCAAGAGAAACUCGGUUUGUACACCAUGCCCAGAAACGAAAACAUUCAUUUGUACUCUGCCGUUGGCAUGAUCCCGGCCGACGAGCUAUACCAAUUUCCAACCCAUGAGCCAACUCAGCGGCGUGAGACUUGGGAGCAACAAGCAGAAACCACACUUGACAACCAUCCUCUGCCGAUAUGGAGUGAUCAUCACCAAGCUACCGAAGCUGGCCGCAAUUAUGAUGAAUUGCCACAGAGAAACACUACGGCCCCAGUGCAAAGGAAACCAGCUCCCUUUACAUAUGGGACGCAGAAUCACUCUCAAGGGUCGGUCUACAGCGAGCCGCAGAGUAGCCAAGAAAGGAUUAUGCUUCUUCAACAACCGAAAGAUUAUGUUCCAUACAACCCAGGUAACGACAAUACAAAGCUGAGCUCGCCGCCCCAAUCACCGCCACGUUUACCUCCACGUUUACCGCCGCGUUUACCGCCGCGUUUACCGCCGCGUUUACCGCCACUUUCGUCGCAAACGAGCUACUCGAGUCAAAUAGACACGCAAAGCCACUAUCAGCCAGCUCAUCAUGGUUCAGUACAUGCGUCGCCACCCUCGAACCAAUUUCCGCCGGGAAACAGCCGCCACCCUCAAAAGCCACCGCUGACGCAGGCUUACAGCUCUCCCGCCUAUUUACCACCACCACCACCACCGUCACAACAAGAACGACAACAACAGAUCCGUCCUUACAAUGCAGAUCAUUCAACACCUCCACUACAACAAGAGGCAAACCCCAACUUGUUUGGUGUCAACAACACACUAAAUCAAACGAGAAAUAGGCUGUUCAGCCCUUAUAGAGCCGAAGAUGGUGGGCGAUAA